AACAGGCCACAGGAGGAGCCUGACGCCUGGCUCUGCAACCACCAGGCUUCCGCGUGCCCCAGUGGGAGAGGCCGCCUGGGAGGAGCGCACACCUGGAGCCCUGGGGUGGGGUAUGAUGUGAGAUCGUGAACAUGGACUUUUCUCGGCUCCACAUGUACACUCCUCCUCAGUGUGUGCCCGAGAACACUGGCUACACGUAUGCACUCAGUUCAAGUUAUUCUUCUGAUGCUCUGGAUUUCGAGACUGAGCACAAAUUGGAUCCCGUAUUUGAUUCUCCAAGGAUGUCCCGCCGUAGUUUGCGCUUGGUCACCACAGCAUAUGCCAUCGAGGAUGGCCAGGCCGGGGAUGCCCACUCCUGCACCAGUGGCGCUGCCUCCUUGAAGGACAGGGUGGCCAGAACAGCAAAACAGCACAGAAGUGCAAGCAAGCCGGCUUUUAGUAUAAACCACGCCUCAAGGAAGGUUGUGUCUUCAGUGGUCAGCCAGAGCAGCUCUAGCGGUCUGCAGAGCACGGCUUGUCUUCGGCCUCCAGUGCUGGACGAGUCUCUGAUCCGUGAGCAGACCAAAGUGGACCACUUCUGGGGUCUUGAUGAUGAUGGAGAUCUUAAAGGUGGAAAUAAAGCUGUCGUUCAGGGAAAUGGUGACCUGGCAGCAGGAGCGGCCAGGAGCAACGGCUAUACCUGCCGGGACUGCAGCCUGCUCUCCGAGCGCGAGGACUCGCUCACCGCGCGCUCCGCUGCCCGCGGACCCUUGUCGAGAGUGUACACAAGGGAUAGGACUCAAAAACGCGGUGCAUCUUUCUACAUGGAUAGGAUUUUGUGGCUGGCCAAGUACACUUCAUCAUCUUUUUCAUCAUUCUUAGUUCAACUUUUUCAAGUGGUUUUAAUGAAGCUCAAUUAUGAAUCAGAAAAUUACAAAUUGAAAAGUUAUGAAUCAAAAGACUGUGAAUCAAAAAGCUAUAAGUCAAAAAGCCAUGAAUCAACAGCUCAUUCCAGUUACUCUGGGAGAAUGAAUGUAAAGGAAUUUCUCAGAGAGGAUGAUCACCUCAGUGUAAAUGGGGAGUCACUGUGCGAUGACUGUAAGGGGAAGAAGCACCUUGACACACACACAGCCGUCCACUUGCAGUCCUCAAGGCCAGGAAGGGUGGCGGGGACCGUUGGGCACAUCUUUUCUUACGCAGGUCACUUCCUGAUGCACACGCUGCAGAGGCUGGGAGCUGCAGGAUGGUUUGUGUCGAAGACGGUGUUGUCCGUUCUUUGGUUGGCCAUGGUUGCUCCAGGGAAGGCAGCCUCUGGAGUAGUCUGGUGGCUAGGGAUUGGAUGGUACCAGUUUGUUACUUUGAUUUCUUGGCUGAAUGUGUUUCUUCUUACAAGGUGCCUUCGAAAUAUUUGCAAGUUUUUAAUCUUGCUCAUUCCACUAUUACUUUUACUAGCUGCAGGUCUUUCAUUGUGGAGCCAGGGCGAUGUCCUCUCAUUGCUGCCGGUGUUAAACUGGAUGCACCUGUACAGAGCACAGAGGCCAGAUGAGCCCAAGAACAUGCUCACACCUGACCCUUCUCCCCUGACCCAGCCUCUGGCGGGCGGUGACGAGGCUUUUCGCUCCCUUCGGAUGAGCGAAGUCGAAAGGCAGAUGACCCUUCUUUCUGGACAGUGUCACAACCAUGAUGAGAAGCUCAGAGAACUGACAGUUUUGCUUCAGAAGCUACAGGCACGGGUGGACCAGAUGGACGAUGAGAGUGAAGGGAUGUUGUCCCUGGUUAAAGGUGUGGUGGAGCAACAUUUAAAGGAAAUCCAGGCCGCUGGACCGUCUGGCUCUGCGACUGGCUAUAUGACUUUCCACCAAGAUCAUGAAUUGCGCAUCUCAAACUUGGAAGAUGUUCUUGGAAAAAUGACAGAAAGAUCUGAGGCCAUCCAGAAGGAAUUAGAACAGACCAAGCUAAGAACAAUUAGUGGAACUGACGAAGGGCAGCACCUCCUUUCUGUUGUGAGGCAUCUUGAGUUGGAGCUGGGUCAUCUGAAAUCAGAAUUGUCAAAUUGGCAGCAUUUGAAAACCAGCUGUGAGAAGGUGGAUACAAUCCAUGAAAAAGUGGAUGCUCAGGUCAGAGAAACUCUAAAGCUCAUGUUUUCUGGUGACCAGCAAGAUCGUUCUCUCGAAUGGCUGCUGCAGAAAUUGUCUUCUCACUUUGUGAGCAAGGAUGACUUACAGGUUUUAUUACGAGAUUUAGAGCUGCAGAUACUGAAGAACAUCACCCACCAUAUUUCUGUGACAAAACAGAUGCCAACUUCUGAAACUGUAGUAUCUACCGUGAAUGAGGCAGGGGUUUCAGGAAUAACAGAAGCGCAAGCACGCAUCAUUGUGAACAACGCUCUGAAGCUGUAUUCCCAAGACAAGACUGGCAUGGUGGACUUCGCUCUGGAAUCUGGUGGUGGCAGCAUCUUGAGCACUCGCUGUGCUGAGACCUACGAGACCAAGACAGCGCUGAUCAGCCUAUUCGGCAUCCCGCUGUGGUACUUCUCCCAGUCACCCCGCGUCGUGAUCCAGCCUGACAUAUAUCCAGGUAACUGCUGGGCAUUCAAAGGCUCCCAGGGCUACCUUGUGGUGAGGUUAUCAAUGAAGAUCCGCCCGACCACCUUCACACUGGAGCACAUACCAAAGACGCUGUCACCCACGGGCAACAUCACCAGCGCCCCCAAGGACUUCACAGUCUACGGAUUAGACAAUGAAUAUCAAGAAGAAGGGCAGCUUCUGGGACAGUUUAUGUACGAUCAAGAAGGGGAGUCGCUGCAGAUGUUCCAUGUGCUGAAAAGACCUGAAAGAGCUUUCCAAAUUGUGGAACUUCGGAUUGUUUCCAACUGGGGCCACCCUGAAUACACGUGUCUUUACCGGUUCAGAGUCCACGGAGAGCCUGUCGAGUAAACAAGCCACUACUGUUCUUGUACAUUUUGUAUAUACUGGGACAGCCUGAAACACUGGAAUCCUUCCUGAAUGAGGCAUGUAGAACAACAGGAUCACAUCACCCCUUAAAUAAAUGUUACAACUGCCAGCAGGAGGACGUGGACAUGGAAGCGGGGAAGGCUCUGAGCCCGGCUUGCUGUUCUGUCCACAGAAAACACUGCAUGUUGAGUACUUGGGUUCCUGGAGAUCCGUCAGCCGUGGGCGAUCUCUGUGGAAGUCUACUCACUUUGUUUUGGAGAUUUGUUUUUGAACGUAAAGCUCUUUUUAUUUUCUUGACAUCAGGAACAGAGCAGAUGAAGUUAAAAUGUUUGAAGUGUUCUUGAAGCUUUGAUAUUUAGCCUUUGGCAGCCCUUUUAAAGGACUUUUGGGGGCAGAUAUAUUACAGCUGUUCAAUCCAGCACACAUUUCUUUCAGGCAAAAAGUGUCACCAAAUUUCAGAACUCAGCACUCCUUUCCUUUAGGAUGUAUUUCUCCUUUAUUCAGCACCAGUAGUUGUUUUAAAUUACCAGGUGGGGAAAUAACAGAAAUGGGUUUUUCUGCUUAGUCUGCUCCUACUUCUGAGAAGGAUUUUCAGAGUCAGGACUCAGUGUGCUAAUAUCCAUUCAUUCUGUCGUAGCUGAAGUGAGUCUGAUUUGAAGGGGGUGGUCUGGAUCCCAACAGACACGUCCGUAGAGUUCUCAGGUGCCCCACCAGGCUCAGCCCCCUGGGCCACCCGGAGGUUUCCUUCCACAGUGUGAAUAGGAACCAAGAAAUCCAACCUUCCGGGUGUUUUCAGGUUUUGUUUUGAAUUUUGCUGAAAAGUGAACACUAACAUGCUCUAAAUCUUUCAGAGGCUUGUUUUUAUUCCACUGAUGGUUAUCAAAGGAGGUUGUCCGGUGCGGCACAUUCCUGAAACUGUUGCAUUUUAUGCUUAUCGUUGUUCUCAUAGCUGUGCUUCCUCCCGGUGCAGGUGGGGUUUGCCUUGUAUUGCGACUGUCGGCCAUUCUCACUCACUUCCCAAGAGAUUCGUUUGGUUAUAAUUAAUAUUUAAUAUUGACUCUUCAUUGAGCAGACUUUAUAAAUGAGGUGUCUGCAAGGCACGUCAAAUGUCACAGAUGUUUUACCUUAAAGUUUUAUUGGGUUAAGACAGUUUUUUUUGUGUACCAUAAAUGUUGUAUUUUCAGAAAAAGAUAAAAUGAUGGUGCUGACUGGUUUUCUUAAGAGUUUUAUGUAUAUUGCACAACAGUCCUCAAAUAUACAAAAACUACAUAAAGUAGCAUUUUUUUCACUCUUAGAAUUGGAACUAAUGCCUAUGCAGUUAAGUUGGAUAAAAUGUAUACAGAUGUUUCAUAUAUUACAGGAUAAAUAUAUAAAUCAAAAUUUCUUAUAUAAAACUAAAUUUGGGAGUUGGGUGGAAAUAUUUUGAAUAUUAAUUUAUUUUUAAUGAUGCAGGAUAGGACUCUGUGCAAUGUAUUUUUGUAAAUGCUUUUCAAAAUAUUUGUCUUUGUUAGUCCUUCCUUUGCUGCCACCAAAUUAAUAAGAUGCUGUUGAAAUGUUUAAAUAAAGAGUUUUAAUUUUUAAAAGUGCAUGUGAUAUUUCAAAUGAACAAUAAACAGUAUAUUUCCCUUUU